AUGGGUCUCCGCAUUGCAGAGAUGGAUGACAGCGGGAUUCAAUUCUCGCCCUCGUCCAAUGCCGGCCUCGAGUUCUACAGCCUUAAUGUUCAUCAAGACAUGCGUAUUCGAACGAUCCUCGAGUCCUCUUUGACGUGGUGCGCCUUGGGAGAUUAUCGGAGAAUCCACGAAGAUAAGGGUCAUACCUACCAGCUCAGGAAGGGCGGCGCCGAAGCCGAUAUUCUUGUUAUCCAGCUGUGGAGCGCGAAGUCUGAGGCGAGGUACUGGAAAGCCUCGCACAAGGCGUCACGGGAGGCUCUGGACAGCGUACGCGCGGCAAACCGCAUGUGGGAGGUUGCAUCCGCCCGGCUGGAGCAAGCGGGCUGUAAAGCGCAGGACAUCUUUUUCGAGAAUGGAGGAUUGUGA